CGACACCUUUCAAGAAUAUCGACAGACGGUCAAAUUUGAUGCUUCGGUGGACCCUUGCAACGGCUGCUCGACGGCGGCAGCAUGCUGCUGGGGUCUUUUCAAAACGGUGGAGAGGGACAUCGCCGUCGGGUGGUGCGUCGAAUUCUAAGGGCGAUGAUGAGAUCUUGGAUGAACGCGACGAGCUCGGACAGCACAGUUCAUUGAAUAUGCUUGAUUCUGAUCACGAUUCACCUGAUGCAUCAUAUCUAUGGAAAAGAGAAGAACCGGCUCUGAGUCGGUGGAUCGAACCAGACGCCGCGGUUCGUGGCAAAGAACACAUUGGAAAUUUGAUCCAAGAGACCUUAUUAAGCUCAAAACCGACUACAAAGCCAGAUGUCGCGACAAGAGACCCCGAUCUGUCCAGUUCUUUGCAAGUCGAUGAUAUUCGAGUCACAGAAUCUAGGAAGGAUGCCGAGUGGUCACCAUUGGGAUAUGCGAAUGAAGAAUCGCAGGACGUGCAGUUUGAAGAUGAAGACUUGCUAGACGAUCACUUUGACCACGAUGAUUUCGAUCUGGACAUGCCUCGGGGUGACAAGCAAUCGAACGAAUCUAGUAUACAACACGACUCAAAGGAUCCGAGCGCGAGGGUUGGAUCCGACAAGAAAGGUGAUAUUGAGGACGCGUCGGAAACAAAAAGCGGCGACCCUGCAAUGAAGGCAGAGUCUACUUUUCAGUCCUUUAUUAAGAAAGAGAAUCUUCGGUUGGUCAAGAUGCACACUAAGGAUUUAUUUUCGCUCUUGCCGUAUCCCAGAUCAACUUCGACGACAGGGUCUGAGACGACAAGUACCUAUAAUCAACGACAGACAAAAGACAACAACACACAAUCAACGGAGCCAAUCACAAGUCCACGGAGAAGCAUAUUGGGUCGACUAGUGUCAGACCAGACAGACGAGCACAUCAAUAUAAUCCGCGGCCUCGAGAAUAGCCCGGCGUUUGCUGCGAUAGUGCAGAUUGAUUCUUGUCAAGAUAUACAUCAACUUCUACAGCUCUACAGGAGAAAUGAGCCAAGCACAGAGACCGACAGCGUGUGGACGAUUGACCCGGAUGCGAUUACCUAUGCGUUCAUGCGGCGGUUUACAGAAUUGGGCUCGCUACGCUCAGUCAUCAUGGUUUGGAUGAGAGUACAUAAAAUCGGAUUGCUGGAUCAUCCGUCGAUCUAUACAUGGAACGCCUUCCUCUAUGCUUAUUCGAUUCACCGAAUUUGGCGGAUUAAAAGGAAUGAAGCCGAAUCCCCGACACUCACAGAAGAAGCACGGAUCAAAAGAUUGAGAACCGCGGAUGCAAUCAUUAGGAUCCUCAAAAUGAUGCUGCAACACCGACGGGUAGAUACCUCGUCAUUUGAGAUCGCUGUCGAAGCUUUUUCUCGUCUCGGCAGAGCAGAUUUAAUUGAAGGUUCGGUCUCGAGAAUCAGAUCAGGCCGGGUUAAAGUCUAUGACGACGGCGAGUCUUCUCGUUUCUUCCCCAAGCAGUCACUAUAUGACAAAGUCCUGAGGGCGUAUACCAAGCUGGGCGAGUACGACAGAGCUCAUCAUUUCUUUUACGAGUGUUUGGCCGACCCAUUUUACGGACACGAUGCAGUCAUGUACGACGUGAUGGCAGCGCAUUACGUGCGCGAUCUACGCGACCUUGGUUCCGCAUCUAGCGUCAUUCUGCUGAUGGAGGAGCAAGGGAUUGCCAAGUCGGUGAAGACAUACACGGUUUUGAUAGGUAUGGCGUAUCUCAAGACUAUCUCUGAGUGCACAUCUGUGCCGGAACAGAUGGAAUCGUCUCCACCGGUUGAUCUCGAGACUCGUCGGAAAGCUCAGAGAGAGAUGAGAAAAAUUCUCGACCAGAUGACUCUCGGAAAGAUUUUUCUCACGCAGAGUGUUUGCAAUACCAUUCUUGCUGGCUUGAUGGAUCUUGAAAAAGAUACGACUCUUGCUGAGGAUUUUCUUGAAAUGAUACGACAAAAACGAACCAGUCAGCAACUCGCUGAUCAGGGAAUGUUCAGGCUGCUGGAGGCCUACAUUAAACAGGGUGCAGUCCAGCGCGCUCUAUCAGUCUAUCGAAAGCUCCCUCCGACUAAGCUCAAACUUUAUGUGAAUCUGCUGGAUGAUCUGAUUAGACUUUUGCUGAAAGAGGAGGAUAUUCGUGGAGCUCUCGAUGUAUUCUUCGAGAUCAUGGAGAAUCGGACGGUGGACGACCAGCCGGACUCAAAGAUGGCUACAGGGCUUAUCCGUGACGGGCGACGGUUUCCAGGGUUUGAAGAUGAUGUCAAGCGCGUCAUUGAAAUACAGUCUGAACGGAGAAAGGCAUUGAAUAUGAAGGAGGAAUUGGAACAGGGCGAGAUUUGAAGGGAAAAGAGCGUUUGCAUUGUAUCUGUAUCAUAGAUUAUCAGAGAUUACGGGGAACUUAAU